CAACUUCUGACUCGUCGGGCUUGCAGUUGCAAUUGGCAGCCCCUGCGACCUCCGUUAUCAUGGCAAGGCAAUAGAGUCGUGGCUGAGGGAAUCCCGAGUGCUUGCCAGCCCUCCCGCCUUCGCCUUUGCUGCAGUUGCACUUCUUCAAAAACACCAACAAACUCGCUCGUCACGCAAUCAUGGCUUCCGAGGCGGAUUCUCUGCAGAAUGGCAGCCAGGGAGCUGCUGCCCCCAAUCCCUUCAAUUUCCAGACCCAAGUGAUAUCCACCGCGCCGGUCAAAUCCAACGUCGGUCAGCGUCGUGGACAUCGCUACAAGCACAGUAGCGUGUCCGCCCAGCACCAAAUCUUCCAAGAACCGCCCCCAAGACCGCCCCCCGUCCUUCCCGCCUCGCUCCCGACGCCCACCAUCAAGGAAGCAUGGAAAAGCCUCCAGCGAGACCAGCGAAUGCGGCUCUACUGGGGCUUGUGCCAUGUCGCCAUUGCCAUCUUCAUCUUCUAUCGGUCCGGCGGCUCCCUCGCGGCAAUGGCCCUGUCUCACCUUGUCUUCUUCGACGCCGGUAGCGCUGCCGUGUGUGUCGUUGUCGAUGUACUGGGCAAUUUCGAAGUUUGGCGCCGCAGCAGUAUCAGACAUCCGUUUGGCCUUGAACGAGCCGAGAUCCUGGCAGGAUUCGCCAUGUCCAUUUUCCUGCUCUUCGGCGGAUUUGACCUCCUCUCGCACAACCUCAAACACAUUCUCGAGUCUGUUGGCAACCACGAAGCCCACCACGACCAUGACCACGAUCGAAUCUCCACGGGCUCUCUUGACCUUGUGUCGGCUGCUGCCAUUGCGAGCACGCUCGUGUCUGCAUAUGGACUGAAAAACCAUGCGCGCAUUGCUAAAGUCAUGAGAGUGUCCUAUCUGGCCACUCUUCCCAGCAUCCUCUCCAACCCCUUUCACUUCCUCACCCUCUUCUUCUCCGCCCUUAUUUCGUUGUUGCCCCUGCUAUCCAUUUCCUUGUAUGCCUGGCUUGACCGGCUAAUUUGCGCCGUCAUUUCUCUUGCAAUGUUUAGUCUGGGCAUGCGUGUUGCUGUUGCUCAGGGAUUGAUGCUCCUCAUGAGCUAUGGCGGCAAUAAGGGUGACGUUGGCGUCACAGCCGUCCUCCGUGAGAUUGAAUCCGAGUCGGGCAUCGCCCGUGUAGAAGGCGCUCAGUUCUGGCAGGUUCACUAUGGCCUGUGUAUGGCCAACCUAAAAGUCAUCAUCACAAAUGGGUACGAUGAGCUCGCACUGGGAAAGCUGCGCAAUCGUAUCUCGGCCUUGAUCCAAAACAGAUUAGGAGAGGGCUAUGGCACUGGAGGAAAUGUGAGGUGGGAAGUGACUCUAGAAACGACUGUUGAUGCCACCAUUUGAUUUAAAAGAAACAGUCAGGCUCGCAUGCUUCCUUAUUCUCAACGCUCUGUGUUUGUUCAACUAGACUAGGGUAGUUACAUAGAUUGACGCAUAGACAAUAGUUUAUAUAAUCAGCGAAGCAUAAUGAGCAGUCAUAAUUUAGCGGAGAGAUGUCAUCACCACACAUUCGAGUUCAUAAACCGAACAAGCCAAUACAAUAGCUAACAUGUGCAGAAUGCCUGCAAUCUGGGGGUUUGCGAUGACAGGCUUAGCUCAAAAGAGCCCCCACCGUCCUCGGUCCUUGUUCGCCGCUCCUCUUCGUCCGUUCGCUCCAUGUUCCCUGUCUCUGCCUUCUAAUUGCCGCAGGCUGUCCAUUUUCUCAAGUACCAACUCUAGGAGUUCCUUCUUCCGGAUGACAUCAAGGUGCCGGCGAAUCUUGGGAUCUUCCUUGGCGAACUUCUCAACUUCAUCUGCGGACAGGUGUCGUCCAAGACGAAGAUCUAGCUCCCGCGGGAAGUUGUAGUAGAACUCGGAAAGCAACUCUACGUUGAGGAAGAGAACAGCCGUGGAAGCCAGCUUGGUGGCGGCGGCAUCCAAAAACACCUCUGGGCAGUAAUACUUGUUCUUGGGAUUGUUGCACUGCUUGGCUUUGACGGCCAGCAUUCGCAUCUUGAUGAUGUCGGCCCUGUCUCGAAGGAAGACAGCUUCUCUGCCUUUACUCAGAAGAGCAGCGCUAAAUCCUCCCGCACCGCUUCGUCCAUCGCCCUCUACGGCGAUGUCGCCUUUUCGUGCCUUAUCUAUAAAGGUCAUGACCUCUUUUAAUUUCCUUCGUCCACCAACAGCAGGUUCUAAGCUGGCCAGCGCAGCCUCACAGUCCUGCAGCUCCUUCUUCAGCACGCUGCCAACAUGCUCACGGCCCUGGUUCCACUCUCUUUCAUCAAUCUCAAUGUCGAAUUUGAAGGGCUUAAUGCAGUUCUCAACCUGAUCACUGGUGCUGUAGAACCUCUCGUUCAGAAUGGUCGACGCGGCUUCAACGAUAGCCUUCUUUGCAAAAGGAUGGCUCACAAAGCUUGAAUUGGUCAGUAGCUUGUCAACAUGAGCUUGAAGAGAUGUGGCAAUGACCGUCGUUGCCAAACGUCCCACUCCAAGCUUGGUGAGGGCCGAGAUUGAAGCGUCCAGCUGGCGACGCCAGUAGAGAGAGUCGGGAUCAGCCUUGGGGAGGUCGGCGAUACUAUCGAGAUCGUAUUUCGCUGGCGCCAGGUCCGUCACUGGCUUAUUCCAGUAUCUUGCGGCCAGCAGGUCCAGCACUUUCUGAUCAAGCUCGCUCUUCAAAAGCUCGUGCAUUUCCGGGCGC